CGUCUCCUGGCCCCUCCUCGGCCACAAACACCUCCCCACCACCGCUACCCGCCGUCUCCACCAAGAAAGAUGAGGAUGAUAUGGACGCGCGCUUUAUGCGCAACCAGACGCGCACGGCUUUAGCAUGGCGCAAGAUCAACAAGCGCGUUGACGAACAAGAACAGCGCAAACGUAAAGCGAAUGGCUCGGAUAGCUCAGGCUCUGAGCGCGAGGAAGGCUCUUCGCCGCGGGCGCGUAACAAGAAAUCCAAGAGACGGUCAAACAAGCAGGAUACCCUUCCUGACUGGACGAAGAGGGAUCCGGCUUUCUUCGAAAUUUCUGAUUCGGACGAGGACAUCCUUGCCCCUAAGAAACAGAAGAACUCUACAAUUGAGGAUUCGCCUUCCAAGCCCAAUGGCCGACGUGCCCGCAGCCGAUCGCGCUCUCUCACCCCACCGCCUGCAUUGACUCAAUUCGCUCUGCAGCGUGCGCGCGAUACCGUCAACCAAGUUGUCGGAAUUCUACCUCGACCUCCGUCACCUACAGACUUCGCCGACGAAUCGGUUGACACCAUCGUCCUAGACGACGAGAUGGCAUCUAUCGCGCGGCGCGUCCAGCUGGACAUGAAAAGGCAGGAAGGCACGCCGGUGCGCGAGGGAGGUGGUCCAGAGACUGUCAAGCUGAAGAUCAUUUGGAAACCACACCCUCUCAAUCCGAACGGUCGCGCAGAUAUCUGGGCCAUGGUGCAGAAACGGCACGAUAAUUUCCAUCCUCUGUGCGCCGAGAUUGCAGACCUCGCGAGUAUACGUAUCGACAACCUGGUCCUGUCUUUCGAUGGCAAGCGGGUGUUCCCUUCAUCCACCCCACACAGCAUAGGGAUCUGGGCCGAAGCCGAACUAGAGGCCUGCGACAAGAACACUUUCCAGUACCUCCAGGAGAACAAGCGGAUGCGCUCCGAAUCGUUGGCACCUUCUGGUCCUCCCGAGACCCAGGACGCCGCGCGCCGCUCUCCCUCCCGUGCUCGAUCGCCCUCCUCCAUAGAAUUCCUUGAUGAACCGUCCGACGACGCCGCGCCUGCUGUUGAAGAGCAUAAGGAGGAGAAACCCGCGGACAGCUUCCGUCUCGUCGUCCGCAGCGAGCGGACCGCGGGGAAGAACAUUACGCUGCUCGUGCGUCCCACGACGAAGUGCGGCGCGAUCGUGCGCGGGUUCCUCAAGAAGGCCGGCCUGGAAGCUGAGUACCCCGCGAACCCCCCUGCAGCGAAGGGGCGCGGACGCGGGAAGGCCGCGGCCCCAGCCAAGGUUCCUGCGUUGAGCGUCGACGGGGACAAGAUGGACCCCGAGACCGAGAUCGGGGAGGCGGACCUGGAAGACGGGGACCAGGUCGACGUGGUGGGCCUCUGAGAUUUGAUGCCGCAGUGUACGAGUGAGCCUGAGCUGGCUGUGCGCGGUGAUGCUUUCCUUUUCGCUUUCGUGUGGCGGCUGCCAUUCUGUUCCGUUCCGUGGUAGGGUAUGAUCUGGAUAAUGACGCGUUGCUACUGUAUGUACGACAUGAUACCUUUCGUUAUGCACGUCUAUUAAUCCGC